GAAUGUUCCAGCAAACAUUGCUCAUUCCUUAAAUAUAGGUUCUUCUCAUUUCCUCUGCUUAUAGUUAUAAUCUACACACACCCGAGACAAUGGGCGACACCGUGAGUUUGCCCAACUUAUCGACCAAAGUAGUAGCUAUUGCUGCAGGGGAAGCACACACUCUCCUUCUUACAGGGGAUGGACGUGUUUAUUCCUGGGGAAGAGGAAUACUGGGACGGCUUGGUCAAGGUUCUGAACAUGACAAGCAUUUUCCUGUUGAAGUCAAGUUUGGAUCAGAAGAAGACAGCGUAAGAAUAGUGGGAAUUGCCGCUGGUGCUUAUCAUAGUCUUGCUCUAGCAGAUGAUGGAUAUGUUUGGUGUUGGGGCUACAAUAUAUAUGGUCAACUUGGUAUACAUGGAGAGGAAUUUCAUGGCAGAAAAUACACCGAUGGAGAUUAUUCUAUAGUGCCCUGCUUAUUGAAUAAGUUUCUUGACUUGCACCCCCCUGAUUCUUCAUCAAUAUCAAUUGUUCCAGAAACAGAAGGCCAAGCAUCACUAAAGAUAAUUGAUGUCAAAGCAGGAGGAAUGAUGUCUCUGUGUAUUGAUAAUCUUGGGGCCCUCUGGCUGUGGGGAAAUUGCCCUCAACAAAGCAAAGAAGGCGACUUCUCUCUUAUAAGCAAUUUCACUCCAACACCAGUGUGGGAUUUUCAUGGCCACACUGUAGUUAAAGUAGCAUGUGGAAACGAACAUGUCGUGGCACUUGUUACUGCUGGAGAAUCAUACAAGGGCGUGGAUGAUCUAGUGUGCUACACUUGGGGUAACAACAGUCAUGGUCAAUUAGGCUUAGGGGACACAAAGAAUAGGCCAAGACCACAAGUGGUGAAAACAUUUGAUCUUGAAUCCCCUUGGGCAAUAUAUGAGGUAGCAUGUGGUGCCUUCCACACUGCUUUGCUUACUCACAAAAAGAGGCACAGUGACACAUUAGAAAGCACAUGCUGGACCUUUGGCCUUGGGGAUAAUGGCCAACUAGGUCGUGGCACAACACAAAGCACAUCACUUCCUGAACCUGUUAAGGAAUUGCCACAAAAUGUGCAUCUUGUUUCUGUUGACUGUGGCUUGUUUCACACUUGUGUUGUUUCCUCUGAUGGGGAUGUGUGGUCAUGGGGAAUGGAGAAGGGUCUUGGCUUGUGUUCUGAUGAUAGCAAUGGUGGAACACAUUCUGGUGAUGCUCUUUCUCCGUUUCUUAUCUCUUGCAAUCCACAUCAACCUAAAUUUUCACAACCAGUUCAAGUUGCAUGUGGGGCUGCUCAUACUGUCAUUAUUGCGCAUGAGGGUUGCAAGCUAUGGUCUUGGGGGAGAGGAAGGAGUGGAGUUCUUGGAAAUGGUAAGACUAUGGAUAGUUACACUCCCACCAUAGUGUUGUGGCCUCCACUGAUGGAAGAUUUCAAACAAGAGGAACUAUAUAGCUCAUGUGAGCAUGAUAAAAAUGAGACUAAAGAAGUCACAGAAAUAGAUGAGAGACUAUCUUCAGCAUUGAAUCAACUGAAGCUGCUUCAAACAAAGCUAUCCAUAAUAGAAAGAUAUGCCAGUAUACUUCAUAGUUCCCUAUUUGGUGAACCUUUUGAUGAGCAAGAUGUUCCUGCUUCAUUGAAAAAUUCAGGUGCAUUUGACAUUGCAAAGGAAUGGGAGAACAUGUUAGAGGCAGCAGAUGGUACAAAGCUGAUUAAUUUGGAAAUGCUCUACCGAAACAUGCAUGCUAGUGUGAAAGAAAAGCUAAUGAAAAGAAGGAUCAAGGCGAUUAUAGAUGAAUGCCUACUACAAUCUUCACAGGUGAAAAAUUAGUACAUAUAAAAGUAAGAAGUGAACCAUUCUGGUCAAAGGAUUGCACAUACAAAUUAAUAAGCUAAUUGUCUCCAAAUUAUUGUCUUUAUUUUGUGUCCGUGAGAAUAUUUUUGUAAGCCUCUCGUGUGAUUGAGUUCUGUACAGAGUUGAGCACCAACUGGCAUUGAUUUUUAUGCCAUAAAUGUUUAGUAUGCCAUAUCCAUGAGUAGUUGUAUCCGUCCUCUUGUUGUAGUAUGACUUACUCCCUAAUCUCCUUAUUCAAUUGAAGCUAUUCUUGGUUGUUAUUUAA